CGGACACAGAACGAAGAUGGCGACGGACAAACAGAAACAUGAAGGCAGGGUAAAAAUCGGACAUUAUAUUCUCGGAGACACGCUAGGAGUGGGAACGUUUGGAAAAGUCAAAGUUGGCCAGCAUGAACUGACCAAGCACCAGGUGGCGGUUAAGAUUUUGAACCGGCAGAAGAUUCGCAGUCUGGAUGUGGUAGGGAAGAUACGGCGUGAGAUCCAGAACCUCAAACUCUUCCGUCACCCACAUAUAAUAAAACUUUAUCAAGUGAUCAGCACACCAACAGAUAUCUUCAUGGUGAUGGAAUAUGUGUCUGGAGGAGAACUCUUCGACUACAUCUGUAAAAAUGGAAAGUUGGAUGAGAAGGAGAGCAGACGUUUAUUCCAGCAGAUCAUUUCGGGGGUGGAUUACUGCCACAGGCACAUGGUGGUGCACAGAGACCUCAAGCCUGAGAACGUCCUGCUGGAUGCGCACAUGAAUGCCAAGAUUGCAGAUUUUGGCUUGUCAAAUAUGAUGUCAGAUGGAGAAUUCUUAAGGACAAGUUGCGGCUCUCCUAAUUAUGCUGCUCCUGAAGUCAUUUCCGGAAGGUUAUAUGCAGGGCCUGAGGUGGACAUCUGGAGCAGUGGAGUGAUUUUAUAUGCUCUGCUGUGUGGAACGCUGCCAUUUGACGAUGACCAUGUGCCAACACUGUUCAAGAAGAUCUGUGAUGGCAUCUUCUUCACGCCUCAGUACCUGAACCCCUCAGUUAUUAGCCUUCUGAAACACAUGCUACAGGUGGACCCCAUGAAAAGAGCAACCAUUAAAGAGAUUAGGGAGGAUGAGUGGUUUAAGCAAGAUCUCCCCAAAUAUCUGUUCCCGGAGGACGCUGCGUACAGCAGCAACAUGAUUGAUGAGGAGACGCUGAAGGAGGUGUGUGAGAAGUUUGAGUGCACAGAAGAGGAGGUGCUCAACUGUCUGUACAGUCGCAAUCACCAGGAUCCUCUUGCUGUUGCCUAUCACUUGAUCAUUGACAACCGGCGCAUUAUGAGUGAGGCCAAAGACUUCUAUUUGGCCUCCAGUCCCCCAGAUAGCUUCCUGGAUGAUCUGCCAGCACACCACUCCACUAAGAUUCACCCUGAGAGAGUGCCCUUUCUGAUGGCAGAGACUCAGCCGCGCCCCCGACACACACUGGAUGAGUUGAACCCCCAAAAAUCGAAGCACCUUGGUGUCCGACGGGCCAAGUGGCACCUGGGGAUCCGCAGCCAGAGCAGACCAAAUGAUAUCAUGAGUGAGGUCUGUCGCGCCAUGAAGCAGUUGGACUACGAGUGGAAGGUAGUGAACCCCUAUUACUUGCGGGUGCGGCGGAAGAACCCAGUUACUGGCAUGCACACAAAGAUGAGCCUCCAGCUUUACCAGGUGGACAGCAGGACCUACUUACUAGACUUCAGGAGCAUAGAUGAUGACAUGAUGGAAGUAAAAUCAGGGACCGCCACUCCUCACCGCUCUGGCUCAGUUGGUAACUAUCGGACUACGCUAAAGAAUGACAAGAACGAGAAAAACGAAGUUGAGGAUGCAGUAAAGGGGGAUGCGUCUGCACCUUCCACGCCUUUGAUAGCUGGAGGGAAACUGGCAGAAGGCUCGCUGACUUCUUCUCUUACCUCCUCAGUGGACUCCACUGGGGGAGAGAUUCUCCCCCGGCCGGGAAGUCACACCAUAGAGUUCUUUGAGAUGUGCGCCAACCUUAUUAAGCUGCUAGCACGAUAACUUGUGGUUCCUUUGAUGCCUUCUCUCUCUCACACACUCUCCUCUGUCCUCCCUUUCACUAUCUGUCUUUCUCUCUUUCUUCUAGAAUGCUGUCUACCUCUUUGUCCUCUGAUAUCUGUCUUCAUCCACAGUACUCCUCUCUCUUUCUCAUUUUUGUCUCUUUUUCUCAGUGUCUGUAGAGCUGAAUGUGUCUGUGGCGCUACAGUCACCAGUGUCAGCCUGUUUAAGGAGUCAAAUAAGGAGUAGAAGAUUGAGAUAAGGUGCGAGAGGGAAAAGGAUGGAGGGUUUUUUUUGUGCCACAGUCAGAAAGAUGACAGAAAGAUUGCUAAGCCACUUUAUAGUAUCAAUACUCUUUUAGAGUUGGUUUUACGAGUCUUCUCUGGUUUUAUAGCAAGGAUUUCCUUGCCAAGAGGGAGGCGAAGAGGUGUCUGUGAGUUCUACACUGAACUUGUUGUAGUGUACACAAUGAUGUUGCGUUUCUUGGCGGACCAAGAAAAAGCUAUUUCGAGGCAUGUAGGACAACAAUUGAGACGGAAAGCGCCUUUGCACAGUUUUAUCUGUUAGUUUCUGUGGGCCAGUGUCAUGACUUGCAGUCCCAACAGGGAAGGGCACUCAGAUAGGAGGAGCCAUCUUAAAAAGUGGGUCGCUGUGGGGGUGGCAACUUAAGAUGAUGGGCACUUUAACAUAAAGGAACUUAAUGAGUUAGCCUUUGUUUAGGAAGAGGCAAAUGUAAAACACCCAUUUAUUCUGAGGAAGUGCAAUGUCCUUACCUCUUUUUUUUUUUUUUUUUUUGCAAAUAGGUCAUGUCACAACUUUUCAAUUUUUCUUUUGUUUCCAUUCACAUUUUACGUAAAUAUAAGUAUAUACAGAAUUUAAAAAUGCAUUUGGAUUUAUAUUUAUCAGUGCUUUAAAUGGGGUUGUAGUUUAUAUUGAAAUUGUGAAAAUGGACUGGAUUUUUUUUUUUUUUUUUUUUUAAAGAAAUGUUUUGAUUGUAUUGCUGUAAGGUUGUUUUAUUCCAUACGCUGCUUUAUCAAAAUAACCUUUUUUUUUUUUUUUUUUUAUGUUUUACAAAUCAAUGGUGCUUGGACGAAAAGUACUGCUUAAUGAAAAAAAAUCAACUGUUCUACAUUCUAUCCUUUCUUCCCCAAAUUUAGUUUCUAAAGUUUGGCAGGGUGAGUAUUAGAACCUUUGUAAGGGUUUGCUUAGGAUAUCUGAAAAAUAUAACCUGCAGGAUGUAAGUGCAUUUUUGAACGCUUUGAAACACCAUGAGAACAGGAAAGCACAUCCCACAUGCAUGUGACUUCAUGUACCCUCAUAUGAAGCUGCAUUAAGCUAUGUAUAAUACACAAAGUACUUAAACCCAUGUCCACAAAGAAAUGAACAACAGUUCUGCAAAUAAUUAACAAUGAGUGAAUGAUUAUUUUAUUCUGGAGCUUAGUGACAGAAGAAAGCCACUUCAUCAAAGCAGUUGUCAGGGCUUUCAACUUGUGUUUCACAGAAACAGAAAAUUAUUUCUGCAUUUAUUUUCCAUUAAGUAAAUGCACAAGUCUUUCCUGCACAAAGAAUGAAAACAAAAUACUAUAAAGUUUUUUGCUUCACUUCUGAAUACCUGAGAGCUCCACCUCUAUACAAACUAAAAGUCCCAGACACAUAUCUAUAAAUUUGUUUUUAAAUCAUAGAUUCAUUCUUUUUGUGUAUGCACAGCCCAUUUACUUUUACUUUCAUGCAACAUUUAAGCAAACAAAUGCACAUUCUUAAAGCAAGACAGCCAGCAAUAGGAUACUCAUAAAAAAGAUUUCAAGAUACUUAUUUCAUUUAUUGAUGUCUUGACUAUUUGUGUUACAUGUUAAUGUGUAGUUUCAUAAAAAUAAAAGAUUAGGUUUAGUCUCUUUAUUUGUUCUAAACUGCACUGACAUUUCAGAUUCUUUAUUAACAAGACUUUUAAGCUAAAACUUGACAAUCGAUGCCUUGCAGGCUAGCUCUAAGACAAAUGCCAAGACAUUUGACUCUGCUUUGUCCCUGCUGCUAUUUUUUUUUUUUUUUUACCAUUUCUCUAUUAGUCUUAUCCAAAUGAUAACUUCCUUAUCUUUAGUGAAUACAACUCUUACAAGGUAAAACCCAAUUUUUUAAGUAAAUGCCUGAGACUUUUAUUCAAAAUAAAAGUUUAGCAAGAAACCCUUUGAUGCUGAUUUAAUUGUUUUUGGUCCAUGUAUGUGCAAACAGUGGCUGGAUGCACAUUUUAGUCUACACAGGCUGUUUUUACUCAGCCAUGAAACACAAAAAGAAGUUAAAAAAAAUAAAAUAAAUCAAAGUAUUUGUAAUGACAGCUUCAAAAAAUAUUAUUUUAUGUUCAUGAUCUGUGCAGAAUGAACCUCAUGGAGGCUUGCCAAUAUAAAUUACAUAUAAUUAUUGAUAAUUUACUAUUGAAGAUAGUUUGUGAAUACAACUGCCUAAUAAAAUGCAAAAAAGAUUAA